CAGCUACCUAGAUGGGUGGGUGGGUGUGGGCUGAUGAGGAACUCAUUUCAGAUCCGAAAACGUAGUUCAUCCUGAAAAAUGACACCUCGCUUAAUUGGAUGUACAGAUGUGCCUCAGCCGUCAGCCCGACCAGUUCUGCUAGUUUAUGACUAAAGCGUCGCCACGGAGGAUCGCAAAAUUGUGUUCACCUUACAGAAAAGGAGCGCGCGGAAAAGAACAGGAAAGACCCGGCGUGAGAUAAGAUGUGCAAGACGUGUUGAAGAUGCUGAAGUUUUUCCCUCAUCGUUUGCCAAGACGAAGAAAGGAUUUUCACUCUUUGUGAGGGACCGACUUGCUACAUAUAACUGCAUGUAUUGUGGAGCAAACUCACCAUGGAAACCUGGCACUUCUAAAUAAUAAUUUAAUAUAAAGAAGAUUUGAAUUUAUCUAACUUAAGAAAAACUUCCUGGAAUAUCACUUAACAUUACUUCAGUUUUUUUUUAAUGCUAAAAAAUGAAAUUAUCUAAUUGGAGCGUGGGAGCUGGUUACAGCCCAGAAAACAUUAUCAGCUGUGGCUUUAAUGGACUGCCACGUUUAUAUCUAAAUUUUUGGCUUUAGUUCCUGAAAUACUAAGAAGGCACGUCUGGCUCACUGCCCACAACAGCCUACAAGACUACUGCUAAUACUUGUGGAGAUGUCAGUUUAAAAAAUCUGCUUGUUCUCCGCAGAUUUGUUGGGAUUUCCACUGCCAUUAUUAAGGGCUCUAGCACGCCACACUCUGUGCACGAAUGGAACUGUCCACAGUAAGGACCACCACAGUGAUAAGCAAUGAGGGAGCCGCCCCACAGUGGAGGAGAAGGGAACCUGAACCUGUUGUCUACCAAGAAAACUACUACCUAACCCAGCAGCACCCUGCCACAGUGCUAGCAGAAUUCGUCAUCGUUGGUUUCUUCCUCACCCUCGUCAUUAUCUUCUUCAGCGUCAACAGAUCAGCCUCGGAUCACCUGGCUUUCCUGAUCACCGUCUUCAUAGGGCUCGGCGUUUUCAUUGCCCUUUUCAUCCUUCUGUUUUCGGAAAACCUUUACCUGAAAUGUGCAUCGCUCGUCUCUUUUUUGAAUUGGUUCAUCCUCACUGCUGUGGCCUUCGUCUUCAUCUUUGGAGAAGCACCUGUCACCGCAUGGGAUCAGGUGGCAUUCAUCAUCUUUAUCGUCCUCAUAGUUUACACACUGCUGCCUCUCAGUUUGAAGGCAACUCUCGUCCUUGGAAUUGGCACCUCAUUGGCACACGUUAUUGUGAUGAGUAUCUAUGUGCCAAUACAAAGCAAGACACUGCCAUUCCCACAACUACAGCUGGUGCCAAAUGGCUUUCUUUUCAUCUGCAUCAAUCUGGUGGGGGUAUAUCACAAAGUGCUAACAGACCAGGCCUUGAAGCAGAUCUACAGCGACACAUUCAGCUUUAACAAGUCGAGAGCCAAGCUUGUCAAUGAGAAAAGGCAUCAGGAGCACCUGCUGUUGUCAGUCCUACCUGUUCACAUUGCCUUUGAGAUGAAAGCUGAAAUCAUCGAGCGACUCAAGGACAAGCAGGAAAGGCAGCCACACCCUGAGAAUGCAAAUAACUUCCACAACCUUUAUGUCAAGCAGCACAAGAACGUCAGCAUACUGUAUGCAGACAUUGUUGGUUUCACACAGUUGGCGAGUAUGUGCUCACCUGAGGAGCUGGUCCAUAUGCUGAAUGAGCUCUUUGGAAAAUUUGACCAAAUUGCCAAGGAGAAUGAAUGCAUGAGAAUCAAAAUCCUUGGAGACUGCUACUACUGUGUGUCUGGACUGCCUGUGUCCCUGCCGAACCACGCCAAGAACUGUGUGAAGAUGGGUCUGGACAUGUGUCACUCCAUCAAUAAGCUGAGGGAGGCCACAGGAGUAAACAUCAACAUGCGGGUUGGAAUUCAUUCUGGUAACGUUCUCUGUGGAGUUAUCGGCCUGCAGAAGUGGCAGUAUGAUGUGUGGUCACAUGACGUGGUCCUGGCAAAUUACAUGGAGUCCGGUGGCCUUCCAGGCCGGGUCCAUAUCACAGAAGCUACCUUAUGCCAUCUGGAUGGAUCAUAUGAAGUUGAAGAAGGAUAUGGCGAGACAAGAAAUGAAAAUCUUAAGGGAAUACGGACAUUCUUUGUGAUUGAUCCCAGGGCUAGGACUCACCUCCUUAAGAGUUUAUUGUGCCCUGACUCAGAGGAAGGCUCAAAGGUUCGAGCGUCUCUUCGUAUGGCACGAUACUUAGAGUCGUGGGGAGCAGUGAAACCAUUUGCACACUUGAAUAAGCGGGACAGUAUGGGAUUACUGCCUUUUCUAGACUCUACUCAGGUGGAGGGUGCAGUUGAAAGUGAGACACACCAGGCCGUAGAACGGACUCGUUCACAGAAUCCUGAUGAUGUUGCAAAUGAUACGAUGGAAAGCCUGAACUCACACAAACAGUGGUUGUCAUCUGAAGACUUCAACUGGUUAACAAUGCUUUUCCGCAAAGUGUCCAUGGAAAAAGAGUUUCGCUGUUGUUCUCUACCAGAUUUUCACCUUUAUGUUGGCUGUGCUACUAUUAUUUACAUAUCCAACUUUUCUGUACAGAUGUUCAUCUCCACACUAAACAUGCAACUGGGAAUCUCGUAUGGUGUCUCCUUUUUUCUUCUUCUGCUACUGCUGUUCAGUAGCUUCUCCGGACAUCUGGCGAGGUGGACGCAGAAGGGCCCAAACUUCUUGAAGUGGAUCCCGUCCGUCUCAGCCGCUAUUGUUCAUAAACCAAUCCUUCGGGUCAUCCUUCAGAUCAUUGUGAUUCUUGUGGUUCUUGUCAUGGGUAUUCUUAACUUUUUUUUUAUCUUCAACCCUGCACCAGAUUGUCCUAUGGCAUCCCAAACUUCUACCACAGGCCAACUCUACGCCUUACCAUAUUACCUGUACUGCUGCCUGAUGAGCAUGCUGAGCUGCUUGGUGUUCCUGCGCAUGAAUUUUGAAGUGAAGAUGAUCAUGCUUACUGCAGCCAUGGUGGUCUAUGAGGUGAUCUUCUUGUACAUAGAUAGCUGGCUGUCGGACUGCUACAUCACUCAGCUCUACGGAAACGCAAGCGAGCCUCAUGUCUUGAAUGAACCAAAGCUCAUGGCUGGUAUAUGGCUUUUGGUUUUCUUCUUCCUCAUCUUUGUGCUUGCCAGACAGCAUGAGUUUUACUGUCGCCUGGAUUUUCUGUGGAAGAAGAAAUUCACACAGGAGAGGGACAGGAUCGAGACAAUGGAAAAUCUGAACCGCAUCCUUCUGGAGAAUAUGCUGCCAGCUCACGUAGCAGCUCACUUCAUCGGGAGGAAAAGGAGGAAUGAGGACCUGUACAGUGAGUCCUACGACUGUGUCUGCAUCUUGUUUGCAUCGAUCCCGGACUUUCGUGAAUUUUACAGUGAGAGUGACGUGAACCGUGAAGGACUGGAGUGUAUAAGACUGUUAAAUGAGAUCAUCUCUGACUUUGAUGAGCUCCUGUCCAAGCCCAAGUUCAGUGGCGUGGAGAAAAUAAAAACCAUCUGCAGUACAUAUAUGGCUGCCACUGGCAUCAACACACAGCAAGAGAUCAAAAAGGAUAGAGACCGGAAAUAUGGCCACAUUGGAAUUAUGGUGGAAUUUGCUGUGGCUUUAAUGGGAAAACUGGAUGUAAUUAAUAGGCAUUCCUUCAAUAAUUUCAAGCUGAGGGUUGGCAUAAACCAUGGCCCAGUUAUUGCAGGAGUGAUAGGUGCUCAGAAACCUCAGUACGACAUCUGGGGAAAUGCAGUAAAUGUGGCAAGUCGCAUGGACAGCACUGGCGUAGAUGGCAAGAUCCAGGUGACAGAGGAGACUGCAGAAGUUCUUCAGUCAUUGGGCUACUCGUGCACCCUGCGAGGGGUCAUCAAGGUGAAAGGAAAAGGGGAACUGAGGACCUUUUUUGUGAACACUGAUGCAGGCAAAUCUGGCGGGGACUGGUUCAUUUGAAAAAGCAGCUCAAGCCGCCUGCACACGUGGAGAGAAGUGUUGUGUUGCCUCUUGUGUGUUAAAGACUCACUGACUACAGCAUGCAGUGUUUUCUUCUGAAUUCACCAGAAGAACUGUGCAUGUCCAGUUUAUUGUUACGCUGCCUGUCAAUACAAAUACUUCCUUCUCCAGAACUUCCUGCAAGUCACACUUGCGUCAUCUUAUUACAAGUAGUCAGUAGCUGCUUUGCUUUUUUUUUUCCAUGAGAAGGCAACACAACUGAAAACAUGCCUUUCAUCAUCGAUGAAAAGAGACAUUUUGUGAAAAGAAAGUGUUAAAAUAUAGAGAAGAAGGAGCUACACUGUCAGGAUGGCAAGAUGCUGUCCCAAAAAGAGAGCAGAGGGAGUCAAAAUCGCUCAAAUGACUUUGACAAUCAAAUGGUGUUUGUGACUGAAAAGACAUAGAGGGUCUACCCCGUCUGGGUGUGAUGAGUGAGGUCUGCAGCCAGGUGUAAAAUAGAAAGAGAACUGCAAAUUAAAAGCCUGGGAUCCAGGGUCAGAAAUUAGAUAGGAGUUUGGUCAUCAUGGUGUGGUUAAAGAGGUCCACUGCCAGAUUUAAAGUAGAGGGGCUCAUGACAUGAAUUAGUGAGUCAAGAACAAAGCACUAUCAGGGCCAGUUCCCCAAUUUUAAAAAAUAAGGCCUCACAGUACAAAUACAGAGAUUUGUUACAUGAACUACAGUACCAAUAGUCAAAAACUGACCAAAAUGGGGGUUAGAUCUAAAUAAUCAAUCAGAAACCUCAUUGUUACCGUGUGGCGAAAGAGGUCCCCUGCCAGGCCUAAGGCAAAUAGACUCAUUACACGAACUAGCCAAUUAAUAGCGAGAAACAGGACAGCAGAGGGUCCACUGCCAGAAAUAAAACCAUAGAGGGAAACACCAUCAGAGUGUCAGACUUCAGGUAACGGGGGGCUCAUUACAUUCACUAAGGAAUCAAAGCCAAAAAGAGAGCAGCAUGGCACUUGUGACCAAAGUCAAUUGAAAGGUCUCCACUAUCAACGUGUGAUGAAUGAAGCCCACAGCCAGACUUAGACCAAAAAGGGGGUUUACUAAUUGAACUAGCAAAUCAAAAGCCAAUAACAGAGUUGCAUGGAGUACAGGACCAGAAAUUAAACAGGGGCUCUUGCCGUCAGGGUGCAAUGACAGAUCAAGUGACAGUCUCUUUAUGUGGACUAAUGUACCAAUAGCCAAAAACACAGCACCAUUAGUCCAGUGCUGAAAAAUAGAUCAGGGAUUCCACCAUCAUGGUGUUGCAAUAGAUGUCCACUGUCAGGGUUACAGCAGGGGAACUUGUUAUAUGAACUAAUGUAAUUAAUGAGAGCCUUACCCCAUCAGGGUGUAGUGAAAGAGGACCACUGAUAGGCAUACAACAGAGGUGUUUAAUUUAUGAAGUAGUCAUUACAUGCCAAAACUAUGGCAUAAGGUAGCAUAAACUAAAUAGGUUCCCUGCCAGGCCUGCCUUAACUAUAGGGGCUCAUGACAUGAAUUAAGAAAUCAAAAGUCCAAUGCAAUGUUAUAAAUUAAUUUUUUUUUUUAAAUGAAUAAAUAAAAUCAUCAGUAUAGUGCUGCCAGGCCCAAGUACAAUGAUUACAGAAAUAAUGUAUUAUAUAAAUAAAGAAAAAACAACCAAUUGGGGCCUAAAUACAAAAAUUAUUCAAGGGACCCGAACAUCAAAGUAGGUCAGCUGCCAAGCCUAAAGUAAAGGGACUUUGUGUUAUGGACACACAGUGUGCUCGAUGAUUACUGUGAGACAAAAAGACCAGGAGAUAAUCAAAAUGCUAAGAAGAUGUGGUCAAAAGGGAAAAGCACGAGUUGAAAGCUGUGAGACAGAGUAAUAAUAAGCAACCAAAACCAAAAGGGCAAAAUGAGAAGUCAAAGUUCAAAACCCAACGCUAUGGUCUACUUAGAGUUAAAGUUAACUAACACUAAAGAAGUUGAGAAUUGGCAUCCACAGAGGGAUAACUUGAAAAAGUGCAACCGACACCAUAUUUAACAUAACACAUAGUCACGUCAAAGGGUCAUGGUCACGCGACUAAAAUGAAGUCAAGAUGGUUAUAUAUUUAAACUCAAAACACAAGUUCUGAUUCCGCAUGUAUAAAAGCUCCAAAUAACACCAAAGUUCACACAUAAAGAUGUGUGAAUAUUACAGAAGUAAUGAAUCAAUAAUGAAAACAGCUUUGGGUCCAGUGAUGGAACUAAAUUAAGAGGGUCUCACUACAUGAAGUAAGGAAUCAAAAGCCAAAUAGCAGGUCCCACCAUUAGGGUGUAGUGACAGAGGUACACUGCCAGGGACAGAGUGCAGGAGUUCACCACGUCUACAAUAGAAACAACAGCCAAAUAACAGCAGUAUGGGGUCUUAUAUCAAAAAUAAAACAAUGUUCCCAAUUGUCAUGGUCAGCCAGGCCCAAGAAGAGACAGAGAGAGUGUUUUUACAUGAACCAGUGUGUCACUAGCCAACAAUACAGGGGUCCAGUGCCAUGAGAAUAAAUUGGGAGCACCACAGAUAGGGUGGAAUGACAGAGGUCCACCGUGAGGCCUAAAGAACAUUAGCUCAUUACAUGAAUUAGUUUACCACAACAAAACAGUAUGAUGUUCCAUAGAAGAAGUAAAACCAUGAGGCACUGCUGCCUGGAUGCUUGAAUGAACUCAUCUAAGAAGCUCAAAGCAGAAGUCUGUGUUACAUUAACUAGAAUGUCAAAAGCCAAAAAGAGAGCAACAUGAUGUCCCGUAGCUGCUAUAGUUAUGUGAAGCUGCCUACUUGCAAUCAAAGUAGAAGAGUCAGUUUACAGAAAUUUAUAAAUCAACCGCCAAACACCAUAGCAAUGUGAGGUCCAGUGCCUGAAAUUAAAUUGAGGGCACCACUAUAAUGUGGUAAAAGAGAUCUAAUGCAAGAUUUAAAGCUGAGGAGCUUAUUACAUGAAAUUGUCCAAAAGAGUACAGAAUGUCGAGGGGCAGGGUAUGUCUACUGCUGCUGAGCUACUAAUACUAAUACUAAUAUUACAGAUAUAGGACCCUGGACCUAAACAGAAAUAGCUGGUGGGCCAAGUGUACUUUUAGCAAUAAAGAAAAAUGAGAGAUUUAAAGUUCAAAUCAUGUAAUAUUAUGGAGACCUAAAGGGUUCCACAAAAAUAGAUUUUGGGGACAAGAGAAAUAUAGGAAAUAAAGGGUCCCUGAAACACAAAUUAUGGGGACCAAUGCCACAAAUUAUAUAAAGGGGCCCAUAAAAAUAGAUUAUGGGGACUAGUGCCAUUUAUGAAAUAAAGGGGUCCCACAAAAACAAAUUAUGGAGACCAGAAUCAAAAAUGAUAUCAAGGGUUCCACAACAAAAAAGAAAAAAUGAGGACCAGUGUCACACAUAACAUAAUGGGGCCUCACAUAAUAGGUGUUGGGGACCAGUGCCAUAUAUGAAAGAAAGGGGUCCCACAAAAAUAGAUUUUGGGACCAGUGUCACAUAUCAUUUAAAUGAUCCUCAAAAUAGAUUCAUUGCCAGAGAGAAGCCCACUACAUAGGAGUGCUUAAAAUGAAGUAGAGUGCCCUGCUACUAGUGUUAGAAUCGUAGUAAUACAGGAUAAAAAACAAAAGCUGUCAUUAUCAAUUGUCAAAUGAAAAAUAGCGCAAUAGAGACGCAAUGCCUAAUAAGGAAUCAUAGAGGUCCACAGUCAUAAUGAAGGGGUUUAACUACCACUGUUUCGGUUUUACCCCAUUAUUCUAUAUGUGAUGUAGGUGGUCUUUAAAUAAAUUAUGACCAUGCAGUAAAGCACUUAUGUUGGCUCUUUAGUGAUAUACUGUUGCCAGUAAACGUAUGGUGAAACCACAAUGAACAGACCCCAGUUCUCAGGUUACACAUUAGAUUCAACUUCAGUUCACCUUUAUCUGAUAAAGCACUAUUUAUAAAGUAGAUCAUCACAAGGCACUUCUGAAGCACACAAGAAAACAAUUCAAAGCAAUAAGAUAAGGAAGUGUAAUAUGAGAUAAGACCCAUCUGCCAGUUACCCUGAGUUUCCCACACCAGUUCAGCUGGGAACCCAAUGAGACUUUGAAAGCUCCUGCAGUUCAUCACCCAGUGACGCUCUCAGGCAGGUUUAGCUCCCUCUGGCUGCCAGACUUGCAUUAGCAGAUGUUGGAUAUGGAUGUUCAUCUUGUCUGAUAACAGAACAUCAGAAACUGAGAAACUGUAAUGUGAAGAUAAUAGAUGUUUACAUGUGUUUGUAUAAUUUAUUUUGUAUAGAAGGUGUAAUUUAAUUAUUUUUUUGCUUUUUAUAGGAAAAUCAUAAAAAAAACCUAAAUGCAGGAAAACUAUUUUAAUAAAAAUGCUUAUCCUGCUUUAGGUUGAAUAGUUGUCAUAGAUGGCCUUCAAGACAGCCAUUGCUUAGUAUGCGCUGCUCUUUGCUUCCUUACUUCUUGUCUGCACGUGUCUAUUUAUGUCCAGGACUGAAAAAUAUUUAAAUUUCAUGAGGCCUUAAUGGACUGGCACUCUAUCUAGGAAGGUUUCCUGCCUUGUGUGCAGGACUGCCAGGAUAGGCCAUGAAUUGGAUUAGGGCUGAAAAUCGUAUGGUAUGGCAUCUUGAUCCAGAAUCAUACGUUUUACUAGUUGUUUAGACAACCAUGAUAUUUACAUGGGUUUGCCUGUAAUUGUCAGCUAAAGUUCUCAGAUAUAAAUUCUGCAAUUUUUAUAGCAAUAAAGAAUUAUAUUUAAAGUGUU